AUGUUGGAACUUGUACAGUAUUUUAUAAUUGGUGUUCUGUCGGUUUUGGUUUUAUCGAAAUUUCAAGUCACAAAUUUCUAUAUGCGAGCAAUUUAUUAUGGACUUGCGUUGAUUUUUGGAGGACUUGCUGGAGGUUUGGCGAGUAUUCCGUUUGGAAAAUCGACUAAUAAUCAUUUGUGAGUGAUGAGUUUUGGGAGGAUUUUUUGAAAUUUUGAAACAUCUGAGAUAUUUUGGCUUAUACACCAAAAAUACACCUCUAGGUGUGGAUAAAGCUCUUAAGGCGUCAGAAAACAAUUCAAAUAUUCUUAACCCAAUUAAAUGCAUCUUCAAAAACCCGCAUUUUUCCAGCCGAAUGUUCAAAAUCUUCCAAUUCAUGACACGUCCACUUGGUCUAACUUAUGAACUUCGAAACGAGAAAAUCUUGUCGGAUGAAAAACCGUAUAUCAUAAUUGCAAAUCAUCAAAGUGCUUUGGAUGUUCUUGGAAUGUCAUAUGCUUGGCCAGUCAAUUGUAUUGUUAUGUUGAAAGCGAGUUUGAAAUAUUUGCCUGGUUUCAAUUUGUGUGCUUUUUUGUGUGAAUCGGUUUAUAUUGAGAGAUUUAGUAAGGUGAGUUAUUCUACGAGUUUGGGGAAGGUUCGGAAAAAAUUUAGAAGCUCUAAGAUAUUUUAUAAACUUGAAAAAUGAUUCUAGAAGCUCUGGGGAUUCUUUAGAAGCCUGGAAAAAACAUCUAGAAAAUCUUCGGAACUAUCUAGAAAGCUUCAGAAGACAUCUAGAAGCUCUGAAAGUUUUUCGGAAGCCCAAAAUUAUUCACAGAAGUCUUUGAAUUCGUCAGAACCUAUGAAAAAACAUCUAGAAAACCUGGAGAUGCUUCUGAAUGAUCUAGAAGAUCUGCAGAUUUUUCUGAACUACCUAGAAGCUUUGGAAAAUCUUUUGAGUUUUCUGGAAGGCCUGGAGAUUUUUCUAACUUUUCUAGAAGCUCUGGAGAUCCUUCUGAAUCAUCUCGAAGGUCUGAAGAAAAAUCUAGAAGAUCUAGAAGGUUCAUCAGACUCUGUAAAACCCGGGAAAACUUUUAGAAGGCCCUAGAUCUUCCGAAUAAAAACCAUAUGUAUCUCAAAAUCCUUUUUUCCAGGUCAAAGCUCAUCAAACAGUUGACGCAACUCUCCAAGAAAUUGUCUCCAAAAAACGAAAAGUUUGGAUUUAUCCAGAAGGAACACGAAACGCUGAACCCGAAUUAUUGCCAUUCAAAAAAGGCGCAUUUUUGCUGGCAAAACAGGCCAAUAUCCCAAUUGUACCAUGCGUUUUUUCAUCUGCCAAUUUUUUCUACAAUUUUGUAAGUUGACUAGGGUUUUUUUUGAAAAAAAGUUCUCAUUGAUUUUUUUGCAGGCUGAAAAACGUCUAACAUCCGGCUACAGUAUCAUUGAUAUUCUUCCCGAAGUCGAUCCAUCAAAAUUCGAAUCAAUCGAUGAAUUAUCACAACAUUGUCGUGAUCUUAUGCAAAAACAUCGCCAAAAAUUAGACAUUGAAGUCGCCAAAUAUAAUUGA